ACAUGGCUGCGCCCUUGCAAAUUUUACGAGCAAUGUUUGUGCGCUCCACUUUUAAGUUGAGUCGGUCUUUCUCUGCGAAACAAGCUUCCAAGAAAUUAGACCUUCCGUACAUAAACAGGUGUAAUGAACUGCAAAAGCAUUUACAAGUGCCGCUGUUUGAUCAAAAUGAAGCGCCUUUCGAACCAAGCGUCACCGAAAUGAGAGCGGCUGAGGGCCUCUUCGUUAGCCGGCCCAACCACCAACUCUCUUUCAUAACGUCAGCUGUGCGUCCCGAGCAAUACCCCCAACACAACAUGCCGGAGGUGGCGAUUAUGGGAAUAAGCAACGUGGGGAAGUCGUCGCUGCUUAAAGCCAUAUUUUCACAAGCUCCCGAAGUUCGCGUCAAAGUAUCGAAAACUCCAGGACACACGAAAACGUUGAACUUUUUUGCGGUUGGCAAGAAACUGUGCAUGGUAGACAUGCCCGGCUAUGGUUUCAGACAGCCAAAAGACUUUGCCAUCUUUUCAUCACAGUUCCUUUCGAGUCGCAAAAACCUGAAGAGGACAUUUCUCGUAAUGGACGCUGAGCAAGGUUUUCAAGACUAUGACCAAGAUGCCAUCGAGAUGCUGGAAACGCUGAGGUCACCGUAUGCUCUGGUCUUCACCAAAAUCGACAAGGCCAAAAAUUCUGUCAUACUCAAGAACCUUGCAUUUGUAACAGAGCUCAGGAACAAAUACAUGUCAACACUUUGCUUCCCUCAGCCAUUCUUGGUCAGCUCAAUCACCCGUGAAGGAAUCGCUUUUCUGCAAGCAUUUAUAGCACAUAUCACUGGGCUUCUCGAUGUUGAAGAUGCGCGAUAUUCACAGCCACCAUUGCGCAAUCGGUGACUGUGCGUAUCCAGGUGUUGUAUAACUGCAUAGACCGGUGUACAAACUCCUGUUUUUGUGUUGCAUUCAUGGAAUACUAUAUGUGUU